AUGGAUUAAAUAAUAAGAAUGAAGUAAUCUAACGAAGAUUUGUUGAAAUAUUAAUUUAUUUAACUAAUUUAGAUUAGACUAUCUAAUCACCUUACAUAAACAUUUUAAAAUUAGUAUUUAAACUUUACAAUACUUAUAGGGAGUUCAAAAUGGAAUUGA